GAAAGGGGUAGAGGAAAGAAAGGGAAGGGGAAGGGAAAGGAGAAGGGUAGAGGAAGGGAAGGGGAAAGGAAAGGAAAGGAAGUCCUUCCUCUCUGCUCCGAGAUGCCUCUGCAGUCACCCAGUGAGGACCCCCUGGACACCAGGGCCCCCGAGGAGAAGGCCUGGGAAGGGGACCAGGAGAAAUUGGCCAAGAUUCAUUUCAAAAUUUUAAAAGGCCAUACCGAUGCCGUGACUUCCUGUCAUUUUUGUUUUGACGAUACCAAAAUUAUUUCAGGCUCUUUCGAUACCACAGUGAAACUUUGGGAUAUUGCCUGUUCUAUUUGCAUCCACACCUUUAAGGAUCAACAUACUGGACCAGUUUCAGAAUGUUGUCUGACUCAUGAUAAUCGAAGGUUAAUAACAGCGUCGUAUGAUAAAACCCUAAAGGCCUGGGAUACUGAAACAGGAAAAAUGCUUUGGUCUUUGGGGCAGGAUGGCUUGAUAACUACAUGCCAUAUUUCUCAUGAUGGCAAAUACGUCGCCUCUGGCUCUGAUUUGGAGAAUGCGUUAUUCGUCUGCAAUGUUGAAGAUGGCGAACAGGUGGCUUUGAUCAGAGAUUACCACAAAAGUACAAUUCAAAGCUGCCGGUUUGAUCCUGUCAACCAGAGAAUAGCUACGGUGUCAUCUGACAUGUCUAUCAAAUUCUGGGAUAUCAUUGCAAGGGCUACCACAGUCACCAUUGAAAAGGCACACAACAACGCCAUUGCAGAUUGCUGCUUUUCCUUGGACGGUCAUUAUCUGUGCACAGCAGGGUGGGAUGAAAAUAUCAAGUUAUGGGAUGUCCGUACAGGAGAAUUCCGGUCUCAUGGACCUAUUACUUUGGAACAAGGUCAUAUCGGCAUUGUUGGCUGCUGUGAUGUUAGCAAAGACGCCUCGUGUGUGGUAUCUGGAGGUUAUGACAAAACCAUCAGCGUGUGGGACAUAGAAGAAGCAUACAAAAAGAUAUCCUUAAAGGGUCAUGCCGAUUGGGUGACAGAUGUGGCCAUCAGCAAGGACAAGAGGCUUGUUGUUUCCUCCUCAAAGGACCAGACUGUGAGAUUAUGGGAUAUUAAAAAUGCCAAUGAAAUCCCCAUGGUGAUUCAAGCUGUGAAAACGAGAGGUUCCAAGAUUUCCAAGUGUGAAGCGUGUCAGAAAUCUUUUCUGAUCUUCCGGAACCAAGAAGACACUAUAGAAACCCGGUGCGUCUUCUGCCGAUUAGCAUCUCCCAACCAAGUGGUUUUACCGCUGCCACCCGCUUUGCCUCCAGAUCUCUAAAGGAUUCCGCGGCGAGCUGAUUUUAAAACAUUUGUGAACGUUGCAAUCUUUUUUUUUUCCUGUCAUGUUGUGUGGACUGUGUAACCCACCUAUGUAACCUUAAACAAAUAAAAUAAAAUAAAACAAAAAUCUCCACACCGAAUUUACCUUCUGCCUAAUUUCUGCGGUGAGAUGAAAUAAAUGGCAUAAACAGAAUCGUUGAAAGGAUUCAGUUCAUCCUGCUAAUAUGCUGAUAUGGGUAGUCCAUGACAUACGACCAUAACUGAGCCCAAAAUUUAUGUUGUUAAGUGAGACAGUGGUUAAGUGAGUUUUGUCUCAUUUGAACGACCUUUCUUGCCACAAUUGUUAAAUUAGCAACACGAUUGGUAUGUGGCUUCCCCGUUAACUUUGCAGAAGUUUGCAAAAGGUGAUCACGUGACCCUGGAACACUGCAACUGUCAUAAGAACAUGCCAGUUGCCAAGCCUCUGAAAUUUGAUCAUGUGAUCAUGGAGACGCUGCGACACUUGUAGGUCUGGAUAAUGGUCAUAAGUCACUUUUUUCAGAGCCGUUGUAACUUCAAAGGGUCACUAAGUGAAUGAUUGUAAAAAAAGGACUAUUUGUA